CGGAAACCCGUGACGUCGGUGGCACUUCGCUCUCUGGUCGACUCGACUUGGCUUCGCGCGCGCAGUCGGUUACCGGCAUUACGACACGCUCUAUACCGGGGGCUAUAGAUUGGCGCCACCGAAAGUCACGCACGCGUCCCAUAAUAUCCGAGUACACCGAAAUAUAUGUAUUGUCGUCGUCAUCGUCUUUAUCACAGUCGUCGCAGGCGCAACAGGCACUUCGAGUGCUGAAGCACUACUAUUGCCCACGGCCCCGAGGAAUUCGAGAGCGACGUGCAAAGCAACAGAAUCCACGGUGGCAGCAACCACGGUCAAAUCGGUCAUGAUGGCGGCGGCGAUCGCCACGAACCACACGGGUGUCGGCGACAUAUCGGACGACAAUGUUUACGAACCGUACUCUAACCGGCCGGAGACGUACAUCGUUCCGGUGGUGUUCGCCAUGAUAUUCGUAGUGGGCGUACUGGGCAACGGCACACUAGUGUUGGUGUUCAUCAGGCACCGGAGCAUGCGCAGUGUGCCUAACACGUACAUACUGAGCCUGGCACUGGGCGACCUGCUGGUCAUCAUCACGUGCGUGCCGUUCACGUCCACCGUGUACACGGUCGAGUCGUGGCCAUAUGGGGAGCUCAUAUGCAAGCUCAGUGAGGCCACCAAGGACGUGUCCAUCGGCGUGUCCGUGUUCACGCUGACCGCGCUCAGCGCCGAGAGGUACUGCGCCAUUGUGAACCCCAUCCGACGGCACGUGUCAUCAAAACCGUUUACAUUGAUGACGGCCGUAGCCAUAUGGAUAUUGGCCGUGGUUCUGGCCACGCCAUCGGCCACGUUCUCGCACCUGGCCACCGAGCCGAUACCCAAUACGAACAUGACCAUCGAAUACUGUUACCCGUUUCCGAUGGAGCUGGGCAGUGGUUACGCACACGGCAUGGUCAUGUUCAAGUUGCUCACGUACUACGUGGUGCCGCUCUGCGUGAUCGGAUGCUUCUACCUAUUGAUGGCCCACCACCUGAUGGUGUCCACGCGCAACAUGCCCGGGGAGCUGCAGCACGCCGGCCAGUCGGGCCAAAUCCGGGCCCGGAAGAAGGUGGCCAAGAUGGUUCUGUCGUUCGUCGUCAUUUUUAUGAUCAGCUUCCUGCCGUACCACGUGUUCAUGGUGUGGUUCCAUUUCAACCCGUACUCGCACGAAGAGUACGACGACUACUGGCACGCGUUCCGCAUCGUCGGCUUCUGCCUGAGCUUCAUCAACUCCUGCGUGAACCCUGUGGCGUUAUACUUCAUCAGUGGCGUGUUCCGCAAACACUUCAACCGGUACCUGUUCUGCUGCUGCCCGUUCACCCGGUCCGGCCCGGCAACCGUCGAGUCUACCAUCCAGGACAUCAACCUGACGCACGUCAACAGCACGUCGUGCCGGCGACUCAACUCGGUCGUCACCAGCCACACGCUCGGCCACGCCACCUGACGGGCGGCCUGUGGCGGAAGGCCCAACGCCAACGGCUGCAAACGCCCUGAGGACUUCAACGUCGUCUGAUUACGAUAAUAAUAUUAUAUAAUUAUAACGCCGAUGACGAGGGCGGUGACGGCGAUCGCGUGAUAUACCUAGGUUACGUCAAACGGAUAUAUUUUAUCUGGGUAACGUUAGCGAUACUAUCACAGAUCUUGGUAUAAUAUUAUAAUAACAUCCGCGGGUGGUGACGAGUCUAGACUCGGACACACCUCAUCGUUUGUAUAGUACAAUAUUAUAAUGUGCGGUGUAAUACGCUGUGGGGUGAUAGGAUUUUUUUCCGUUCUGAGGACGUGUCAUCGGUUACCAUACUUACCAUACACGAGCACGCACGGUACUUCGAACGUCGGUCUAUACCACUAUACUGUUAUACCCACAGCGUUAAUACCGUAGAUGGGGGGGAGGGACCUAUAAUGUUGUUUUGCAUCCCGCCGCUAUUUUUUUAUGAGAUAAUAAUAAAUUCAUAAAAAUAUGUAUUUGUGUACGUGCAUUUCCGUAAUGCACCUACGUAAUGUCGUGGAUUGUGCACAGAGAUCACGGGUCAAUCACAGCGCCUUUUUAUCAAACACAUUGUUCCUCCCCCCCCCCCCCAAGUUCACCGUCUGUUUUAUAAUAAUAAUAAUAAUAAUAUUAUGAUCUGUGAUAUUAUCGAAAUUCGUUAUAGUAUGGUUGUAUAAACGGCUAUACGACGACACGCCUUCGCCAUCACUGCGCUAUAUUACGAGUAUUAAUAGUAUUAUACAAAAACGAUUUAUUUUUCAACGUUGGUCUUCAUCCGCAUCUCU